AUGAAACUUAACCUCAAAUUUUUUAUGUGCUUGAUUGUGCUUAUUUUUGUAUGUUUGUCAUCAACCGAUGCACAAAGUCAAAGCUACGCUGUCAAUGAUCCAUCUGGUAGUGAUUAUUACUACGAUUAUUAUGACUACGAUUAUUACGGCUGCUAUGGUGAUUAUUAUUAUGACAGUUUAGGAAGUGGACCAUAUGGAGCAUCAGCAAUGGGAUCAUCAUCGUCGUAGGUUUAUAGGAUUAAAAGUUUAAGUAGA